AUGGGCGAAGCUGAGCCCUCGGGGGCCACCCUGCAGCCACGGGUGUUCCGGGUUGACGAGACCACCCCGGAAGUGGUGCAGAGUGUCCCCCUGGAGCGGGGCCGGAGUAAGAUCGACCAACGAGAGCAGAACGUGGAGGACUGGAACCUGUACUGGAGGACGUCCUCCCUCUGGAGGGCAGAGCACGUCAACGUCAGGCCCUGGCAGUGCCUGAACCACCACCCGGGCACCACCAGGCUCACCAGGAAAGACCACUUGGCCCAACUCCUGAGGCACCUGAAGCAGCUGUACGGUCCCCCCUCUAUGAGUUCUCCCCCCACGUUCGUCACGCCCAGCAACGACGGCAAGUUCGUGGCCAAACACGUCGAGGAGAAGCAGGCGCUGGGCGCCAGGCACAGCUACUGGAUUUGCAAGCCUGCAGAACUAUCCCUAGGGCGAGGAAUCGUCAUUUUCAGUGACCUGAGAGACUUCAUCUUUGCCGACGCCUGUGUCGUACAGAAAUACACCUGCAACCCUUUACUGGUCGGGAGGUGCAAAUGUGACCUCCGCGUCGACGUCUGUGUCACCGGCUUCACGCCCUUGACCAUUUACAUUUCUCAGGAAGGCUUAGUGCACUUUGCCACGGAAAAGUUUGACCUCAGGGAUCUGCACAACAGUUACUCCCGUUUGACCAACAGCAGCAUCAAUAAGUCCAGGGCCUCGUACGAGAAGAUCAAAGAGGUGGUCGGCGGCGGCCGCACGUGGACCCUGAGCUGCUUCUUCUCAUACCUGCGGAGUUGGGGCGUGGACGACCUGCUUCUGUGGCAGAAAAUCAGCCACGUGGUCAUCCGCACGGUGCUGGCCAUCGCUCCCUCAGUCCCCUUCGCAGCCGACUGCUUUGAGCUCUUUGGAUUUGAUAUUCUGAUUGAUGACAACUUGAAAGCCUGGCGGUUAGAGGUCAGCCACAGCCCGGCCCUGUCCCUAGACUGUCCGACGGACGUGUCCAUGAAGAGGAACCUUAUCCGUGACACCAUCGAACUGGUUCACUCACACGGUCUCGGAAAUGAGAGGAAGGAGAGCAGCGAGGCUGCCGACGGAGGCUCCAGGGUAUCCCUGGCUCAGAAAGAGAAAGGUCGGCGCGGCAGCCUUCCUUACGCGUCUCUCCUACAACUCAGGAGCAGGAGAACGUCCAACAAGGACACGUCUGCGGCGAAGAAAGAGGCAAGAACGUGCCCUGGAAAUAAGCAGACCUCCCAGCCUGGAGAAACGCUGAACUGGGAGAAGGACGUACUUCUAUCAACAAGGGAGCCUCCCAAAAGCAGACUGAAGUCCAAGGCCAGACACCCGCCCCACAAGGCCUUCAUCCAGUCCUGCAGCCACACGCCUGGCAUCUCUCUGCACGGCCCGCCCGACAGCCGCCGGGCACCCGACCCCCGGGCAGGCAACUUCGUUCUCAUUUUUCCUUUCAAUGAAGCGACUUUUGGGGCUUCCAGGAAUGGACUAAAUGUCAAAAGAAUAAUCCAAGAGCUCCGGAAAAUAAUGAAUAAGCAACAUUCCAAAGCGGCAGAAAAGAAAACAAAAAGAAAGUAA